AUGAAGAUGAAUUCUCAUAGUCGACCAAAACCUGUAGAGCAACUGCCUAAGAUCUUCAAGCUAUGUGGUUCACCAACAGAAGAUUACUGGAGGAAACUGAAGCUACCACCUUCAGCUGCGUUUAGACCGGCGCUUCCAUAUGGACGACGUGUAGCAGAGAUGUUCAAGGAUUUGCCGUUGAAUGUUCUCUCGCUUUGGGAAGAUUUAUUCUCCAUAGAUCCUGACCAGAGAGGCUCUGCAGCCAGAGCUCUUGAGAGUGAGUACUUCAAAACAGAGCCGUUUGCUUGUGAUCCAUUGUCUCUACCAAAAUAUCCGCCAAGCAAAGAGAUUGAUGCUAAAAUCAGAGACGAUGAAAAGGCAGCAACAACAACAGUGACCAAACCAGGAGAAGCAAGACUUUCAGACAGCGACCAAACUAGGACUUGA